UUCCAUUCCCAAAAAGGGGGAGGGGGAAGAUCAUUAUAUAGGUGAGUGUUCAUUUAAGUCAGAGUAUGAGAUUUAUCCCUGAAAAUCACAGUGGAGGGAUCAAGCGGGACCCUGGAGCGGGCCAGGUGGGUGGGAGCUGCCAGCCUGGGCGGGGCCUGGGCACUGGAGCUGGCUGCAGGAACCUGCUUUCCGGAGUCCCAGGCUGAGGAGACAGUGAGUGAACGUCCCGCCCCGGCCCCACUGCAGGACCCCCUGCAAGCCCCCAGCCCCUUCCCUGGGCCCCCGGCCAGGCGGGAGCUCUAGCGUUAGCGCCUACCCAGAGCUGCUUCUCGAGACCUUGGUCCUCCCCGCACCCCUUGACCCGCUGCCUGCCCCUUGCCGGCCCCCUCUCACAUGCCUGUGACUCAGCACGCUCUUCCUUUCAACUACCGUUCCCUCUCCCGACAGUGGCUGCGCUCCGCGAGGACACUGAGAUCCAGAAGGACGUGCAGGUAUUAUGGCUGUGGUCUGGUGAUCCCCGAGCAUCUAGAAAACUGCUGGAUUUUGGAUCUGGGUAGUGGAAGUGGCAGAGAUUGCUAUGUACUUAGCCAGCUGGUUGGUGAAAAGGGACAUGUGACUGGAAUAGACAUGACUAAAGGCCAGGUGGAAGUGGCUGAAAAGUAUCUUGACUAUCACAUGAAAAAAUAUGGCUUCCAGUCAUCUAAUGUGACUUUUAUUCAUGGCUACAUCGAGAAGUUGGGACAGGCUGGAAUCAAGAAUGAGAGCUAUGAUAUUGUUGUAUCAAACUGUGUUAUUAACCUUGUGCCUGAUAAACAACAAGUGCUGCAGGAGGCAUAUCGGGUACUGAAGUAUGGUGGGGAGUUAUAUUUCAGUGACGUCUAUGUGAGCCUUGAACUGCCAGAAGAAAUCAGGACACACAAAGUUUUAUGGGGUGAGUGUCUGGGUGGUGCUUUGUACUGGAAGGAACUUGCUAUCCUUGCUCAAAAAAUUGGGUUCUGCCCUCCACGUUUGGUCACUGCCAAUCACAUUUCAAUUCAAAACAAGGAACUGGAAAGAGUUAUCGGUGACUGUCGUUUUGUUUCUGCAACAUUUCGCCUCUUCAAAUGCUCUAAGACAGGACCAGCCAGGAGAUGCCAAGUUAUUUACAGUGGAGGAAUUACAGGACACGAAAAAGAACUCAUGUUUGAUGCAAAUUUUACAUUUAAGGAAGGUGAAAUUGUUGAAGUGGAUGAAGAAACGGCAGCUAUCUUGAAGAAUUCACGAUUUGCUCAAGAUUUUCUGAUCAGACCAAUUGGAGAGAAGUUGUCAACAUCUGGAGGCUGUUCUGCUUUAGAGUUAAAGGUUAUAAUCACAGAUCCAUUUAAGCUUGCAGAAGAGUCUGACAGUAUGAAGUCCAGAUGUGUCCCUGAUGCUGCUGGAGGCUGCUGUGGCACAAAGAAAAGCUGCUAAAUCUACAGCCAACCAGGGGACCACAGUAGUGAUGUGCAUGUUUUUUAACCUGCUUUUCCCCAUGGCAGAGACCAUAAGAAACAA